UGGAGCAGUGAGAGGAAGAUGGCGGCGGUUAGCUGUAGCGGGCGCGCGCGGUCCCUCCUGCGCCUCUUCCUGUGGCAGUGUGUGUUUGCGGCGGCGGCGCUCGGCGUCAAACCCGGAGCCAACGGCAACUUCCAUCCUCCGCCUCCUCCGGCCGUGGUGCCUGUGAACCGGCAGCUGAAGCUGGGCGCGGGGAGCCCGGUGAAUGUCGGCGGCGGCGGGGUGUCGCGGAGGGCGGGCGGCUGGAAGCUGGCGGAGGAGGCGGCCUGCAGAGACGACGCGAACCGCCUGUGCCCCAAACACAGCUGGAGCAACAACCUGGCAGUGCUGGAGUGCCUACAGGACAGAAAGGAGGAAACAGAGAUCGCUUCUGACUGCAACCAUCUGCUGUGGAACUACAAACUGAACUUGACUACUGAUCCCAAGUUCGAGUCUGUAGCAGUUGAAGUGUGCAAAAGUACAAUCUCAGAGAUUAAAGAAUGUGCGGUUGAAGAAAGAGGUAAAGGCUAUCUAGUGUCCUGUCUGGUGGAUCACCGUGGUAACAUCACGGAGUACCAGUGCAACCAGUACAUCACGAAGAUGACCAGCAUCAUCUUCAGUGACUAUCGCCUCAUCUGCGGGUUCAUGGACAAGUGUCGAGAGGACAUCAACACCCUGCACUGUGGAAGCAUCACCACUGGGGAGAAAGACCUGCACUCUCAAGGUGAGGUCAUUGCGUGUCUGGAGAAGGCUGUGGUUCGAGAAGCGGAGCAGCAAGACAAGGUUCACCAAAUCCGAGACGAGUGCAAGAAGGCCAUCAUGCGAGUGGCCGAGCUCUCGUCUGACGACUUCCAUCUGGACCGCUACCUCUACUUUUCCUGUCGGGAUGAUCGAGAGCGGUUCUGUGAAAACACCCAAGUUGGAGAAGGAAGGGUUUACAAAUGUCUGUUCAACCACAAAUUUGAGGACGCGAUGUCUGAAAAGUGCAGAGACGCCCUGACCACGAGGCAGAAACUGAUCGCUCAGGACUAUAAGGUCAGUUACUCUCUGGCGAAAGCGUGCAAGGCUGACCUCCGUAAAUACCGCUGCAGCCUGGACGCCAACAUGCCCCGAGCUCGAGAGGCGAGACUGUCGUACUUGCUGCUCUGCCUGGAGUCUGCAGUUCACCGAGGACGCACGGUGAGCGGAGACUGUCAGGGCGAGAUGCUGGACUACAGGCACAUGCUGAUGGAGGAUUUCUCUCUGAGCCCCGAGAUCGUGCUGCACUGCCGGGGCGAGAUCGAGGCUCACUGCUCCGGCCUGCACCGUAAGGGAAGAACCCUGCACUGUCUCAUGAGGGUGGGCCGAGGAGACAAGGGGCCGAUGGACAGCCACUGCCAGAGCGCGCUCCAGGCACUCGUCCAAUCUGCUGACCCUGGUGCUGAUUACCGCAUUGACCGGGCUCUCAAUGAAGCGUGCGAGUCUGUAAUACAGACAGCUUGCAAACACAUCCGCAAUGGAGAUCCCAUGAUCCUCUCGUGUCUAAUGGAGCAUCUCUACACGGAAAAGAUGGUCGAGGACUGCGAGCACAGGCUGCUGGAGCUGCAGUACUUUAUCUCCAGAGACUGGAAGCUCGACCCUGUUUUGUAUCGGAAGUGCCAGAACGACGCGGCACGGCUCUGUCACACACAUGGCUGGAAUGAGACGAGUGAGAUGAUGCCCCCGGGCGCCGUGUUUUCCUGCCUCUAUCGUCACGCUUACCGGACAGAAGAACAAGGCAGACGGCUCACGAGAGAGUGUAAAGUGGAAGUGCAGAGGAUUUUGCAUCAGAGGGCAUUGGAUGUGAAGCUGGACCCCGAACUCCAGAAACGCUGCAUGAUUGACCUGGGAAAGUGGUGCAGCGAGAAGACUGAUACCGGUCAGGAACUGGAGUGUCUCCAAGAACAUCUGGAGGAUCUGGUGGCAGACUGCAGGGAUGUGGUGGGAAAUCUGACUGAGCUGGAGUCUGAGGACAUCCAGAUUGAAGCGCUGCUCGUCCGAGCGUGCGAGCCAGUCAUCCAGACCCACUGCCAUGACGUGGCUGAUAAUCAGCUCGACACGGGGGAUCUGAUGGAGUGCCUGGUGCAGAACAAACAUCAGAAGGAGAUGAACGAGAAGUGUGCUGUCGGAGUGACGCACUUUCAGCUGAUUCAGAUGAAGGACUUUCGCUUCUCCUAUAAGUUCAAGAUGGCCUGCAAAGAGGACGUCCUCAAACUCUGUCCCAACAUUAAAAAGAAGGGUGAUGUAGUGAUCUGUUUGAGCACCACAGUGAGGAACGACACUCUCCAGGAUGUGAAGGAGCAGCGAGUGUCCCUGAAGUGUCGCAGACAGCUGAGGGUAGAGGAGCUGGAAAUGUCGGAGGACAUUCGUCUCGAGCCCGAGCUGCACAGCGCAUGUAAGAAGGACAUCGAGAGGUUCUGCUCUGCUGUUUCGUUCGGUAAUGCUCAGGUCACGGAGUGUUUGAAGGAGAAUAAACUGCUGCUGUCGAACACGUGCCAUCAGAAGGUGUUUAAGCUGCAGGAGUUGGAGAUGAUGGACCCUGAGCUGGACUACCAGCUAAUGAGAGUCUGCAAACAGAUGAUUAAGCGUUUUUGUACGGAGUCCGAUGCCAAGGACAUGCUGCAGUGCCUGAAACGGAACAAGAACAGUGAGCUAAUGGACCCUAAAUGUAAGCAGAUGAUCACCAAGAGACAGAUUACUCAGAGCACAGAUUACAGGCUGAAUCCUGUGCUACGGAAGGCCUGCAAAGCAGAUAUUCCCAAAUUCUGUCAGAACGUUCUGAACAAGGCCACUGAUUACAAUGAACUGGAGGGCCAGGUCAUUUCCUGUCUCAAGCUCAAGUAUGCUGAUCAGCGUCUGUCUUCAGACUGCGAGGACCAGAUCGCAGUGAUCCUGCAGGAGGCUGCUCUUGAUUACAGACUCGAUCCUCAGCUUCAGCUUCACUGCAGCAAGGAGAUUAUGGAGUUGUGUGCAGAGGAAGCUGCUGCGCAAGAACAAACAGGCCAAGUGGAGGAAUGUCUGAAGACCAACCUCCUGAAGCUCAAACAUGACACUUGCAAAAAGGAGGUUUUGAACAUGCUCAAGGAGAGCAAAGCAGACAUUUUCGUGGAUCCCGUCUUGCAUACAGCCUGUGCCUUGGACCUGAAGCACCAGUGCGCGGCGAUACCCCCCGGCCGAGGCCGACAGAUGUCUUGCUUGAUGGAGGCUCUCCAGGACAAGCGGGUGAGACUGCAGCCUGAGUGUAAGAAGAGACUGCAGGACCGGCUAGAUAUGUGGAGCUACGCAGCCAAGGCCUCCGAGACAUUCAGCCAAAGUCUUUCUUGAAGAGUUUGGUGAACUGUUAUCAGUCAUUUGCUUAGAGUUUGAUUGUCUUAUUAUAUCUGGGGAUCUUAACUUGCAUGUAGAUAAUACUGAUAACAUUUAUGCCAAAGAACUACUUGCAAUUAUUGACAACUUCAACCUAGUACAACAUGUACAGGGGCCGACCCACUCUCGUGGUCAUACUCUUGACCUCGUCAUCACAAAGGGUCUUACUGUUUCUAAUACUGUUGUUGACCUGGCCUUAUCCGAUCAUUUCUUUGUUUUCUUUGAUGUUUCUAUGUCUCCUCACAUUCAGAACAGCUCAACGACUAUAGGUAGGAGAGUCAUAAAAGACAACACAUGUGCUCUCUUUGAGCAAGCUCUCUCUCAGAACUCAACCAAAAUGUCAGACUCUGUAGAUGAUUUACUGGAAUUUUUUAAUUUAAAUAUGACCCAAAUUAUGGAUGAUAUUGCUCCAUUCAAAAUCAAGAGUCAAUGAUAAGCAGAAAGCACCAUGGAAGCAGUACCCGGCUGUUAAACUGCUAAAGAGAGAAUGUAGAAAGACUGAAAGAAAAUGGCGCAAAUCUAAACUUCACAUUCAUUAUCAAAUCCAUAAAGAGAUGCUUUGUAAUUAUAAUUAUGAAAUUCGUAAAGCAAGACAGUCUUUCUUCUCCAACAUCAUCAGCAGGAAUAUGAACAAUGCCCGUGUGCUAUUUUCAGCAGUAGAGAAGCUAACUAAUCCCCCACCACAAUUAGCACCUGAACUUCUCUCAGUUAAUAAAUGCAAUGAGUUUGCAUCCUUUUUCAAAGGUAAAAUUGAUAAAAUACGGCAGAAUAUUCCUCAUAAUAUAUCUCAGUUGCAAAAAAUUGAAAAACUGCAAUCACCAAUGACACAGAUAGAUAACUUCAACACAAUGUCAGAAUUUUGUUUAAUUGAUUGAGACUCUUGAAAAAACUGUACAAAAUCUCAGUUCCUCAACAUCUGAAUUGGACAUUCUGCCCACCAACUUUUUAAAAUCUGUUCUUCAGCUUAUAAUUACAGAUGUGCUUCAAAUUAUAAAUACAUCCCUGGAGACUGGCGUUGUUCCUGUGUCCCUAAAAAAAAGCCGUUGUAAAGCCCCUUCUUAAAAAAAAUAAUCUGGAUCCUUCAGUAUUAAAUAACUACAGGCCAAUAUCAAAUUUACCAUUCAUCGGGAAAAUCCUUGAAAAAAUUGUCUUCAAUCAAUUAACUGCCUUCUUGAUAGCAAACAGCCGUUUUGAUAAUUUUGUCAGGAUUUCGUGCCAAUCAUAGCACUGAAACAGCGCUGAUUAAAGUUAUAAAUGACAUGCGUCUUAAUACUGAUGCAGGCAAAACAUCGGUCCUGGUAUUACUGGACCUCAGUGCAGCUUUUGAUACUGUUGAUCACAACAUGCUGCUAUAUCGACUUGAACACUGGGUUGGAUUGACUGGUAAAGUUAUCAAUUGGUUAAAUUCAUACUUAAAAGAUCGAAGCUUCUCUGUUACCCUGGGAAAUUGUUCCUCAACGUCAAUGUCCUUGACCUGUGGUGUCCCCCAGGGGUCGAUUCUUGGACCAUUACUUUUCAACCUUUAUAUGCUCCCACUUGGGCAAAAUAUCAAUAAAAAUUCAAUUUUGUAUCACUGCUAUGCAGAUAACACCCAAAUUUAUCUUGCUCUAUCACCUAAUGAUUAUGCCCCCCUUGAAUGUCUCUACCAGUGUAUCGAUCAAAUCAACAGCUGGAUGUCAAAAUUUUCUUCAGCUGAACACAGAUAAAACAGAAGUAAUUCUAUUUGGAAAAAAAAGAUGAAAGACUCAGGAUUACCACUAUUCUUGACACAAAAGGGAUUAAAACUAAAGAAAUGGUUAAAAAUCGUGGUGUUUUCAUUGACAGCGAGCUAAACUUUGACAGUCACAUGAAAGCAAUCACUAAAACGGCAUUUUAUCACCUAAAAAGCAUUUCCAAACUAAGAAGACUUGUGUCAAAAAAUGAUCUGGAAAAACUAAUGCAUGCCUUCAUCUCUAGUAGGGUUGAUUACUGCAAUGGCCUUUUCACAGGCCUGCCAAAAAAGACCAUCAAACGACUUCAGCUGGUUCAAAAUGCAGCGGCUAGGGUUCUCACACGAACAAAAAGAACAGAGCACAUUACUCCAAUUCUAAGGUCCCUUCACUGGCUUCCAGUAAGCUACAGAAUUGACUUUAAAGUAUUGCUGCUGGUGUACAAAUCUCUAAAUGGUACAGGGCCCAAUUACCUCUCUGAUAUGUUGCAGCGGCCUAACCCAAUCAGAUCUACCAGAUCAAAACAGAAAAAUUUCCUAUUAAAAUCAGUUGUUAAAACAAAGUAUGGUGAAGCAGCUUUUAGCUACUAUGCAGUACAGCUAUGGAACCAACUGCCAGAGGACAUUAAAAAUGCUCCUGCUGUUGGCAGUUUCAAAUCUAGACUAAAGACCAAGCUGUUUUCAGAUGCUUUCUGUUAAAUAAUUAAUAUUGUCUUCUUUACAUUUUUUAUAAUCUUUACUUUCUCUGCAUGUUUUAAAUUUACUUUAAUUUUAACUUUAUUCUAUUUUAUUCUUUAUUCUAUUCUACUGGUUUCUUUUUUUUCUCCUCCUAUUUGAACUUCUACUUCAUUUUAUUAUUU